AUGUCUUAUCACUACAAUGAAGCCUUUGAAAAUCCAGACUACCACUUUUCAGAGACACUGGAAAUUGAUAGAAGGAGGAGUUCUCAAAAGAAUCUGUCCUUUCACCAAAGCCCUUAUGAUUCUUCACUCCAUGGUUCCUAUGGAGAACACAGUGGAAGGGGACAGGGUAACCCAGUGGCCAUACCAAUGGCCUCCAUGAGACAUGGCUCUGAAUACAGAGAAGGUUUCCCAAGAGUUAAUGUUCUAAGCAGAAGUCCAUAUGGAAAUUUCACAGAUAAUCUUUCCUUUGAGCCUGGGCCAGAGCUGCCCUACCCCCCACCUUCUGCCUUCCAUCAGCUGGAUCGCCGCUGUCCCAACACACCUCCCAGAGUGUCCAGGGGUAGCUCUUCUCGGAGACGCAACAGAAGACCAUCUGAUGAGAUCUGCAUGACUUCUUCCAGCCUGUUUGAAACAGAUCCAGCCUACAAAAAAGAGGAAAAGGUAAUUGGAAAUCUUGCCAGUAUGUCCACCAGUGAAAGGAUUAAAGAAAUCCGGAAGAUGCCAGAGACCAUGAAAAGAAAGAGAGAGAUCAGGAAUAAGGUUCUUAGAGAAAGAAAACCAUCAAGGCACUACAAUACUCAACUGUCACAGUGCUGUGCACCGUGUUUGCAGGGAGCAGCAGUGUCAUUUCGGCGAUUUAGAAAUAGCUUGUCAGAAUAUUUUGACCUACUGCGGUUCUGGCGCAAGAUUCUGAAGAUCAUUGGUGCAGAGUUUGGAACAAGUGUUCUUUCUUACUUUAUUUUUUUGAAGUGGCUGCUAAAAUUCAACAUCUUUUCAUUCUUUGUAAACCUCAGUUUCAUCAUAAUCCCUCAAUUUGCUGCAGCAGAACCAAAUAAUCUUUCAUUCACUGGUCUGGAACUGGUUACUGGAGCUGGUUAUUUUCAACAAACAGUACUCUACUAUGGCUUUUACACCAAUGCUACAAUCAGCAAAAUAAAGAAUGGUCCACCUUACAACAUGCAACUGGCCUAUAUUUUCACCGUUGGAAUGUAUUUUGUCAUCUGUUUUCUUAUUUUGGUGUUCAGCAUGGCAAAAUCCUUCUGCAGGAACUUCAUUAACCCUCAGGCAUACACUGGGAAUGCAAGCAAACUCCUCUGCACUUGGGACUUCAAUAUAACUAAUGAAAAAGCCGUGAAGCUGAAGCAAAAGAAUCUCAGCACACAAAUCAAGGAAGAGCUCAGUGUAAUAAACCAAGAAGUUCUGAAUUUUUCUGUAUCAGAGAGAGUUGUUCACAUUGUUAUUCAUCUUGUUUCUUGGCUUGCUUCCCUGGGAACAGCAGUAGCUGCGUGUGCUGCUGUUUACUUCCUCUCCAUUAAUAACCUAAAGCUGUUUGUGAAAGGGCAUAAAAAUGACCUAGAGAGCCAAGCUGCCAUGCUGGUGCUACCUGUUGUCACAUCACUCCUCAAUGCAUUCAUCCCAUUCUUCUACUCAUGGCUUGGACACUUUGAGAGAUUUCGGACUCCUGGACACAAGAUAUAUGUCACUAUAUCCAGAAAUAUCAUCCUGAAGAUAACAAUUGUUGGAAUACUGUGCUACUACUGGCUUAACAUUGUGGCUGCAUCAGAGUCACAGUGCUGGGAGACUCUGGUUGGCCAAGAUAUCUAUCGUCUCGUUCUAGUUGACUUCAUCUUUUGUUUGCUUGGCUCUUUUUUUGGAGAGUUUUUACGAAGAAUUAUUGGAACUAGAGUCUGUCUGAGCCUGGGGCUGCCAGAAUUUGAUAUUGGACGAAAUGUUUUAGAUUUGAUCUAUGCACAGACUUUGACCUGGAUUGGUAUCCUCUUCUCACCUCUCCUGCCUGCUAUCCAGAUUAUUUCAUUUUGUAUAGUAUUUUUUGUGAAAAAGGUCAGUCUGAUGAUGAAUUGCCAGCCCCCUAGGAAAGCCUGGAGAACUGCUCAAAUGACAACAUCCUUCAUGUUCCUGCUGUUUUUCCCUUCCUUCCUCGGAGUCCUGUCUGUGAUUGGAGUCACUGUCUGGAGGUUAAAACCUUCGGAAAAAUGUGGUCCUUUCAGAGGUUUGCCUUCAAUGUAUGCUGCAGUCUCUGAGUGGAUAAAAAUACUGGAGAAUUAUACUGCCUCAAAAUGGGUAGUGUGGAUCUACUAUAAUUUAAUUAGUAGUGCAGUUUUCUUCUUCAUCCUCUCUACUAUUCUCCUAGUUAUUACUUAUAUUUACUCGCAAAUAAUAGAAGGAAGAAAGACUGCGACCAAACUCUUACAUAAGCAAAUUAUUAAUGAAGGAAAAGAUAAAAUGUUUUUAAUUGAAAAACUACGGGCACUGCAGAGGGCAAACCAAAACACAGCUGAGCCAAGAAGACAACAGCAGCAGAGAAGAGCCCUUUCAUACCGCUCAUCCCGACGCUCCGCCCGGCGACGCCCGGGCAACCGAGGAAGGGCAUUUGGUGGAAACCAAAAUGCAUUAUAUGAGGAUCCCUACUCUACGGGGAUCAUUCCGGAGAGUGGCUUCCCAUUAGAUGCAGAGACACCCCAGCCCAUCAGCCAGCUGGGCAUGUCUGAGGCGGUGGCGCUUGCUCUGCGGGCUAGAGAAGCAGCUCAGUGGGAAGAUGAAGAUGAGGAUGAAGGCUACAGACCAUGA